AUGGACAGCGCCGGGGUCGUGCGCCGAGCCCCCUCUUCUUCCGCCGCGCGCUCGCAUUCCCCUCCCCGCACGUCCGCUGCUCUCCCACGCUUCUCCCUGCGCCGCCUCCCCUUCCACCCGCGCGCCCGCCCCUUGCGCCAUGGAACCGGCGUAUGCACCAGCAUCGGCGCGUUCUGCUGCCUCCUCUCUCUCCUUGCCCUCCUCCUCCUCCUCAUCAUCCUCCGCUCCACCCUUCGCCUGGCCUCCGUCGCACCCUCCGCAGCCAGCGAUACGACUCAAGGCGAUGCACAUUCGUCUUUUCUCGACGGACUCGACGACUGCCAAGACGAAUUCCGUCAACUGUUUGACGAGUUCCGUUUGCGCGAAGGAACGGACGGAAUUGACUGCAGCGCGCUGCUCGACUCCGUCGCGGCGGACGACGGCGUAACUCGAGGCGGCGCGCCCCGCGCCACUCGCGCGGCAGGCACGGCAGCAGGGGAGACGAGGUCACACUACGAGAGAGCAGCGGGCGAGGAGGAAGAAGAGGAGGAGAAGCCAAGCGUGUCUGCUGCUACUGCUGCUGCUGGUAGCGAGGGCGAGGAGAGGGGUUCAGGUUCAGGUUCAUUUUCAGGUUCAAACCUCACUGCGGCGUCCCUGCCUCCCCUGAGCGUGUUCGUGGAAAGCUCCUUCUUCCACCCCAUGGCCUUCGCUGGUGACUCGAGCAGAAGCAGUGAGGGCGACAGCAGCAUACAGGCCGAGAGCACCGACAGCAGCAGCAGCAGCAGCAGCAGCAGCAGCAGCAGCAGCAGCAGCAGCAGCAGCAGCAGCAGCAGCAGCAGCAGCAGCAGCAGCAGCAGCAGCAGCAGCAGCAGCAGCAGCAGCAGCAGCUUGGGAGGUGGCAACCAGGCAUGGGGCCUGUGCAUUGCCAUCGCUCCCACCCACUGCUCCUGCUCCCUUCCCUCCCGCCCUCCCAUUCCCCCGCCCUCCCCCCAACCCGUGCACCCCUUCCCCCUCCCCGCCCUGCGCCAUCUUCUCCCCACCCAUGCCACUGCGCCCACUGCAGCUGGCAGCAGCAGCAGAAGCGAGCAGCACAGUGAGUCUUCUCCCACAGAUCCCACCACCGCUUCAAACCCAUCUGCUCUCCUUUCACCUGCCCUGGACCUGCUGCUCUCCCUGGAUCGCCACCGAGCCAAGGGGCUGCUGCUGGAACGCUCCAUGCGCGCCGUGGCUUACAGCCCCGGCUGCCGAGCCUCGAUGCCAGCCUCGGAAAGGAGGGACGAGUGGAGACAGCAGAGUAGUGGGGAGGAGAGAGCAGGCGAGGGGGAUGGGGCGGCAGAAGAGGGGUGGGAUAUCGGAAGGAAUGAAGCUGCAAAGACGGAUGAGGGAGGGGGAGAGGGAGAGGAGGAUGGAGGAGAUGGUGGUGAGGGUGGAGAUGGUGAGGGUGAUGAGGAGGAUGGGUACAGGCGGGUUCUGACGGAGCUAUCAGCUGAUUUUGAGGUGGAUCUGGUGCAGGCGCCACCUGCCCUCUGCUCACUCGCUCGCGCCCUGCCAGCAGCAGCCAGGCAGCGGCUGCUUGGGGCCUACUCACCACGGUUUUUCCCUCCCCACCGCACUGCACACCUCUGGACGGCUCUCAGUGCCGCCUCUGCCUCGGGGCAGCAAGAUGGGGCGAGGAAACAGGGGGAGUCGCAGCAGCAGCAACGGCGGCAAGGGUUGGAGGAGCAGCAGGGGGUGAAGGAGCAACAAGUGCAAGGAUUGAAGGAGCAGAGGUGUGUGGAGAGAGUGAGAGCGGCGUGCAUGCGGCAAUGGUGGCAGCGGGAGGUGCAACGGACAGUGCAGUUCGUGCAUGCUGUGCGGCAGUGCGCCGCCUCCUCCCCCCGCCACGUGCUCUUCCUGCACGCACCCCACCAGCGCACUCGGAACACAGGGACGGCAGCCAGAAGAGGAGGGGCGGAAGGGGGGGGAGGAGGAGGAGGAGGAGGAGGAGUAGGGGGGGAAGGGGGAGUGCGGGUGAGAGAGCGGUAUGACUUGGCGAUGGAACGGUUUGUGGUACGGGCGCUGAAGGGGAGGGACUGGGGUGUGGUGUCCCUCGCAGGCCAACGACCGGCACCACCACCCACAGCGCCAGACGCACAAGCAGGGCACGCAGUCCAAACAGGGGGCACAAUAGACGCCGGGGGCACAGAGGAGGAGGGCACAGCCCAAGCAGGGGCCACAAUGGACGCACGGGGCAGAGAGGCGGGGGAGACAGAACAAGCAGGAGGGGCGUCUCACGAGGGCGGGUCAGCAUCAGUGCUGCGGGGUGUGAGGGGCGUGCAGGCGCUGCUGCUGCGGGGCGAGGCGAGCCACCUGCUGCCACUGCUGGCCCACGUGGAGCAGCGCUUCCUGGAAGGCCCUCUUGAAGACCUCCUUAUAAGCUUCUUCAGUAAAAGUAAUAAGUCCGUGCACGUGCAUAAACCUCCGCUGUUCUGGCGAGAGGUGGGAGGAGGAGACGGGGGCGAAGGGAGGGAGGGGGCAGGGGAGGAGGAGGGUGGGGCUUUGGGGAAGAAGAGGGUUGGGGUGGAGGAGGAGGGGAAUAUGAUAAAUAGAAUGGAUGGGGCUAGUUUUGAGUCGACUCAAAACUGGGUGCAGGAGGGAUGGGUUGUGGAGGACCCAUUUCUUAACGAAGUCAAGGAACCCAUUCGUACCGCAUUGAACCCACCAGCAGCACCCGUGGGGCUGUCUUUAUCGCGGAGCAUGCUGGUGAGUGUCCACGGGAGGGAGGUGGUGCCGGCAGGUGCUGCUGGGAGUGUGGCGAUGAGUGGCAGGGUAGAGGGGGGAGGUGGCAGGGGGGAGGGGGAUGGUGGCAGCAGGGGAGAGAGGAGAGGGCCGAGUGGAACAGAAGACCACGACGCAGCAGCAGCAGGAGGGGCAGCAGCAGGGGGUAUCGGCAGUGGGAGCGGUGUGACGCGAGCAGCAGUGGUGCUGUCGCCCGGCUCGUUUGCGUGUUGGGUGAGAAGCGGAGGUGAGACAGCAAGGGGUGAUGAGAGGCAGAUGCAAGGGGGCGAGGCGGAGGCGCAAGGGAAGGGCGGGGCUGGUGGGUUGAGAGGAGGCAAUGCUGGUCGUGGUGAGAAUGACUAUAGUGCUGCUGCUGCUGCUGGUAAUGACUAUGAUGAUGCUUCAAGUCCAUCGCCUUCUGGUGUGGCUGCAGGUGCAGCAGAGGCACCAGCGGCUGUGACAGCAAAGGGUGUGACGAUAGAGGGGGUGAUUCGAGGCGAGGUUGUGCUUGAGAGCCCGCUGACGGAGCAGGGGGCAGCGGCAUGGACCAUGGUGGCUCCGCGUGCCGUGGAGGACAAAGGGGGGCACCAGGAAGGGCCCCAGGAGGGGCAGAAGCGGGGACAGCAGGGGGAGCACGAGGGGAGACACAAGGGCGAUGGUGCACACGUGGUGGUGGGUCACACAGAGACAGAGGGUGGUGCUGGUGGGUGGAAAGGUGCAGGGCACGUGGGGACGCUGGCAGAGGAGGGCUCAUCAGAGCUUGUUACCAUUCCCAUUACGGGACGGCUUUUUCUGCCUGGAAUCAAGGACCAGAAAAACGUCUGGAUGGGGAAUGUUUUAGGUGCGGGUGACUACACUACUGUAGAUACCAUACCUAUUGAUACCAUACCUGUAGAUACUACCAUAUCUGCCACUGUUGUUUCAGCUGCUGCCACGGCACAUGGGUCUGCCAGGCUGUCAGCUCCCAGAGAUGCGGUGCGGGGCACUGUGCAGAUGGAGGGCGCGCUGACAUGGACUGACUCAGAUCCAGGUCGUGCCAGGCUGGCAGCUGAAGGGGUGGUGCUGAUUGAGAAGAGGGAGAACGAGGAGGAGAGGGAAGAGGAGCGAGUGUGGGGGGUGUGGCGGGAUGUGGGUGUGUGGAAGGAUGCUCGUGCUGGUGAUGGUGAUGGUGAAGGGGUGCGGGUUGGACUGGGGAAGGGAUUAUCUGAAGAUGGGGGGAUGAGAUCUGGUGAUGCCGAUGUGCAAGUGGGGUCAGAAGGGAUGCGGGCACAUGGGGGAAGUAGCCCGGGGGGAAGGCGAGGCGGGGGAGGGAAGGUGAGGGGGAUGAGAGGGGCCAUGUUUGUGUUUGAGGGGAGUCAGGGAGGCAGGGAGCACAGUACAGAUAGCGCCAAGUCAAGUGGUGUUGAUGCGAACAGGCAGGUGAAGAGAGUUCUUCUUGGAACGAGUGUUGGUGGUGGUAGGCAGGAAGGGGACGAUUUUGAUAGCAGGGAAAGUGAUGGCAGAGGUGGCAGCAGUGCUGCCGCUAUAACUAGUGGUGCGGACAAGGAGCCCAUUAUGUUACAAUUGUCCAGAGGAGCGGCAGAGGCCCGACAGGCAGAUGAGCGACAGGCGUCCGAGGGCGCAGGCGAGGCGAAGGAAGACGGUCGCAUGGAAUUGGCGGGGGAGCGUGGGGGUGAGAAGGCAGGAGAGGGUAUUGUAGCAGUUACAGCUGAUGACGCAACAGUUAACGCUGAUGACGCGGCAUUUAACGCUGAUGACGCAGCAGUUAGAGCUGAUGACACAGCAGUUAAAGCAGACGAUACAGUCGUUAAAGCGACAGAUAAGGCCAUCAAAGUGGAGGAUACGACCCUUAAAGGGGACAGAACGUGCAUUACAGGGGGCAAUUCAGCGACUAAGAUGGACGAUACAGCCAUUAAACCGGCCGAUAAGCCCAUUAAAGCGGACGAUAAAGCCAUUAAAGCGGACGAUGAUGCCAAUAAAGCGGACGGUACAGCCAUUAUAGCGGACGAUACAGCAUUUAAAGCGGACGAUAAAGCCAUUAAAGCCGACUAUAAGGCCAUUAAAGCCGACGAUAAAGCCAUGGCUGCCUCACCUAAGGCUGCAGGCGAAGCGGCUGUUUGUGAGACAGAGAGGGCCGUGGCAGCACGGGGAGCCUCAGAUAGGGCUACUGGUGAAGCUAGUAGCGUCGCCAGGUCUACUGGUGAAGCAAGUAGCGUCGCCGGGACUGCUGGCGAAGCUAGUAGCGUCGCCAGGGCAGCGGACGCAGCUAGUAGCGCCGUCCGGGCUGCAGGCGACGAGGCGAAGGCGACUUGUUUCGCUGACGAGAAUGAGAAGGUGACAGGCGACGAAAGUAAGGUCGCAGCGGACGAGGGGAAGGUCGCAGCAGCAGGCGAAAUGAAGGAUGCAGCAGCAGGCGAAACGAAGGUUGCAGCAGCAGGCGAAAUGAAGGUUGCAGCAGCAGGCGAAACGAAGGUUGCAGCAGCAGGCGAAACGAAGGUUGCAGCAGCAGGCGAAACGAAGGUUGCAGCAGCAGGCGAAACGAAGGUUGCAGCACCAGGCAAAACGAAGGUUGCAGAGAGGACCAGAGAGCAGCAGCAGGAGAGGAGGGAUGAGACGACGGAUGAGAGGAAGGAGGAGAGGCGGGAAGGGGAGCACCCUGAGAAGGAAGGAAGGUUUGAAAAGCAGAGUGAUGUGAAGAGGCACGAGGACGUAGCAGGCAGUGCGAGGCAGGGCGAGGGGGUGAAUGGAGAUGAGAGAAAGGCGUCAGACAGAGGUGAGGAGAAGAGGGCGAGUGAGAGUGGGGGGACGGUGAAGGGUGAGAAUGGGGAAACGAGGACUGGGGAGCAGCGUGCGGGUGAGGCAACGUGUGAUGAGGGAUUGAAGGGAGGUGGAGGGAAGAUUGGGGGAGAGGAGGGUGGAGGAGAGGAGGGUGGGAGAGAGGAGGGUGGGAGAGAGGAGGGCGGCAAGGGGGGGGAGGGCUUCAAGAAGGGGGAAGGCGGCAAGGAGGGGGGGGGCGGCAAUGAGGGGGAGGGCGGCAAGGAGGGGGGGGGCGGCAAUGAGGGGGAGGGCGGCAAGGUGGGGGAGGACCGAGAGCAGCAAGGGGGCAUUCGGGGAGUGGGUGGCACUCUGGCGGGGAUGAGGAUGGCAUUGGGGAAAGCGGCAUUGAGGGGAGCAGCGGUGGGGGAAGCGGGGUUGGCGGGUUUGGAGGAGGGUAGCAGUGGGAGCGAGGGACGAGAGGAGGAGGAGGAGGGGGAUGAAAGAUGUGGGCUUGCAAUGAAGGUCAAACGCACGUGCAGCGAGGAGAGAGGGGAAUUUGACAGGGAAGGGGGUUCGGGGAGGGAGGAAUCGGGGGAGAAAGGGAAGGGGGGAUUGGGGCGGAAGGGGAAGGAGGGAUUGGGGGAGAAUGAGAAGGGAGGGAGGGUGAUGGCAGACACAAGAGAGGGGGAUGAGAUGGUGGAUGCGGGAAAGGAGGGGGGAAGGGAGGAGGGAAGGGAGAGAAAGGAGGAGGGAAUGGAGGAAAGGGAGGAAGGAAAGGAGGAGAAAAGGGAGGUGAGGGACGAGAAAAGGGAGGGGGCAAUGGAGGAGAUAAAGGAGGAGAAAGGGGAGGAACGGGAAGAGAAAGGGGAGGAACGGGAGGAGAAAAACUGGGAGAAAUUGGAGGGAGGGGUGGAGAAAAGGGAGGAGAAAUUGGAGGUAGGAGUGGAGAAAAGGGAGGAGAAAAGAGAGGAGAAACAGGAGGAGAAAAUGGAGGGAGACGUGCGAGGAGAGGAAAAGGUGAAGGCUGGGAGGAUGAGCACUGAGGCGAAGGGAGGGGAUGAGGCGAAGGGAGGGGAUGAGGCGAAGGGAGGGGAUGAGGCGAAGGGAGGGGAUGAGGCGAAGGGAGGGGAUGAGGCGAAGGGAGGGGAUGAGGCGAAGGGAGGGGAUAAGGCGAAGGAAGCGGAUGUGGUUGGUGCAGGCGAGGGGGGACAUGCUGCCGAGGCGAUGGCAAACGCAGGGCAGGUCGAAGCACAGGGGGAUAGGCCAGGAAAGGGCAGGGAGGAAGGAGCAAAGGAGGGGAAGGAAAGUGUAAAGGAGGGCGAGAAAGGUGCAAAGGUGGGUGAGGAGCAGUUGAAUGGGGAGAAGGUGAGUGGGGAGGAGAAGGCGAGUGGGGAGGAGAAGGCGAGUGGGGAGGAGAAGACGAGUGGGGAGGAGAAGGCGAGUGGGGAGGAGAAGACGAGUGGGGAGGAGAAGGCGAGUGGGGAGGAGAAGGCGAGUGGGAAGGAGAAGGCGAGUGGGGAGGAGAAGGCGAGUGGGGAGGAGAAGGCGAAUGGGGAGGAGAAGGCGAGUGGGGAGGAGAAGGCGAGUGGGGAGGAGAAGGCGAGUGGGAAGGAGAAGGCGAGUGGGGAGGAGAAGGCGAGUGGGGGGGAGAAGGCGAGUGGGGAGGAGAAGGCGAGUGGGGAGGAAGAGGCGGAGAAGGAGAAGGGCUGGCAAAAUGAGAGUGAGAGUGUGCGGAAGGAGGACAAGGCGGACAGGGGGAAGGUGAGUGGGACGGAAGGGGGAAAUCUGGGUGGGAACGAAGAAGGAGAGUUGGGUGGGAAGGAAGUGGGGGAAGUGGGAGGGGUGAAGCAAGGUGUGAGGAGUGGUGAGGCGGGCAAAGAUACCACUGGAGAGAAGGUGGAAGCGGUGAGUAGGAGUGGAGAGAAGGUGGAAGCGGUGAGUAGGAGUGGAGAGAAGGCGGAAGCGGUGAGUAGGAGUGGAGAGAAGGCGGAAACUGUGAGCAGGAGUGGAGAGAAGGCGGAAACGGUGAGUAGGAGUGGAGAGAAGGCGGAAGCGGUGAGUAGGAGUGGAGAGAAGGCGGAAGCGGUGAGUAGGAGUGGAGAGAAGGGGGAAGCGGUGAGAAGGAGUGGAGAGAAGGAGGAAGCGGUGAGUAAGAGUGGAGAGAAGGAGGAAGCGGUGAGUAAGAGUGGAGAGAAGGAGGAAGCGGUGAGUAAGAGUGGAGAGAAGGAGGAAGCGGUGAGUAAGAGUGGAGAGAAGGAGGAAGCGGUGAGUAAGAGUGGAGAGAAGGAGGAAGCGGUGAGUCAGAGUGGAGAGAAGGAGGAAGCGGUGAGUCAGAGUGGAGAGAAAGAGGAAGCGGUGAGUAAGAGUGGAGAGAAGGAGGACAACAUCAGCAUGGAGAAUUGUGGUGUUGGUGAUGUGGAGGGGGGAAUGGGGAAGGUGGAGGAGGGGGUGGUGGUGGAGGAGGGGGAGAAGAGGGCGGAGGGCGAGGGUGGUGUGAGAGGUGCGGUGGUGGUGAGGGCUGCUGCUGGGGUGAUUGGUUCAGCCUGGGGAGACGAGGGGGAUGGGGUGAUGGGGAUGGGGGAAGGGGCAAAGGUGGAGGGGAAAGGGGUUAAGAGGGAGGAGGAAGGGGCAAUGGGAGAGGAGGAAGGAAAGAGGAAAAAGGAAAGUGCAAUGGGUGAGGACGAAAGGGCGGAGGGGAAGGAUGAUGGGGCAAACGGGGAGGAGGAAGGGGCAAAAAGGGAGAAGGAAGGGGCAAAGGGGGAGGAAAGGGUGAAAGGGGUAAAGAGAGAGGAGGUAGAGGCAAAAGGGGAGGAGAAAGGGGCAAAGGGGGAGAAGGAAAGGGUGAAAGGGGAGGAGGAAGGGACAAAGCGAGAGGAUAAAAGAGCGAAAGCGGAGGCAGGAGCAAAGAAGGAGGAGGAAGGAGUAACGCGUAAGGAUGAAGGGGCAAAGGCGAAGGGGGAAGCCACGAAAGGGAGGGAUGAAAUGGAAACAGUGUUGAGGGAUGGGACAAAGGGGGAGGAGGCGAAGGGGAAAGAAGGAGAAGAAGGUAUGGCAAUGCUAGGGGGUAAGGGGAGGGGGGGAGCAGGGGAGACCAGAGGUGUGGAGGGAACGGGAAAAGUGGGUGUGGAGGAGACGGUGAGAGGUGUGGAUGGGAUGGGGGAGGUGGAGGAGAAAGCAGAAAUCAAGGUAGAGGAGAGAGUUGUGGGAGCGAAGCGAGAGGUGCUAGAGGCGAUGCUUGGGAUGAUAGGGGUAGAGGCGGCAGGGGUGGAGGCGAGGGGCAGUGCUGAGCUGGCAGCGAGUGGCGAUGGUGCCUGUGCGCUUGCUGGGAUAGUGGGGAAUGGGGCGGAGCAGACGGGUCAAGGUGCAUUGGCGGCAGGCAGAGGGCAGCAGCAGGCGACAGAGCAGAGGGGCCAGGGAGGAGAUUUGGCUGGGUUGGGAGUGGUGACGGGUGGGGGUGUGAAGGGCAGAGUGGGGUUGGAUGCAGAGGUAGGUGGGGAGCAGGGGAAGGAAGGAGAGGGUGGGUUGGGUGCACAGGCGGGAUUUGUUGGCAAAGGAGGGGGAAUGGAUGCGUGUGGUGGAAGGACGUACGUUGUGAAAGCUGGUGAUGGGUUUGGCAAAGAAGGGAGAACAGAAAAGGUUGUGGGGAAUGCAGCGAGCAGUGCAGGUCAGGAGGGUGCAGGGAAGUGGCGAGAGGUGAGCAGGUUCAUGGGUGGCUGGGCAGCGGAAGCGAGGGAAGUGGAGGAGAGUGUGGAGCAGAGAGGUGGAGAGCGAGUGGGUUCUGGAAAGGUGACAGUGGAGGCUGGGGCACGGGGGAAGGAGACGGGGGAGGAGAAAGGGGAAGAGGAGAGAGGAGAGGAGGGGAAGGAGAGUGGGGAAGAGGGGAAGGAGAGAGGGGAAGAGGGGAAGGAGAGAGGGGAGGGGAAAGGGGAAGAGGAGAGAGAAGAGGAGGGGAAGGAGAGUGGGAAAGAGGGGAGGGGGAGAGGGGAGGAGGGGAAGGAGAGUGGGGAAAUGGGAAAGGAGAGAGGGGAUGAGUGGAAGGAGAGAGGGGAAGAGGGGAAGGAGAGUGGGGAAAAGGGAAAGGAGAGUGGGGAGGAGGGGAAGGAGAAAGAAGCGGAGGGGAACGAGGGAGAGGAGGAGAGGAAGGAGACUGGGGGGGAGAAGGAGAGAGGGGAGGAGAAGGAGAGAGGGGGAGGAAAGGAGGGUGCGGGCGAGAAGGAGAGAGGGGAGGAGAAGGAGAGAGGGGAGAAGGAGAGAAAGGAGGAGAAGGAAAGAGGGGGGGAUAAGGAGAGAGGGGGGAUCACGGAGAAAGGGGAAGAGAAGGAGAGGGGGGAGGAGAAAGAGGGAGAAGAGAAGGAGAGAGGGGAGGAGAAGGAGAGGGGGGAGGAGAAAGAGGAAGGAGAAGAGAAGGAGAGAGGGGAGGAGGAGAGAGGGGAGGAGGGGAGAGGGGAGGAGAAGGAGAAAGGGAAGGAGAAGGAGAGAGGGGAGGAGGAGAGAGGGAAGGAGGCGAAUGUGGUAGGGAAGGAGGAAAGGGCGGAAAUUGAAAAGAGGGUAGGAGGAAUGGUUUGGGCAAACCAGGGGGAGGGGAGGGAGGAGGAAAAGAAGGAGGAUGUGGAUGAGAAGGGUGCAAAGGAAGGAGCAAAGGAAGGAGCAAAGGGGAUGGCGUGUGGAGAGGUGCAGCGACGAGGGAGUGAGAGGGAGGAGAUCCAGAAGAGAAAGAGAGAUUGGGAAAAGGAGGGUGAAGGGGGAGAUGAGGUAGAAAAGAAAAGGAAGGAGUGGGAGGGCGCUAAGAAAGAGAAGGAGAAAGCGGAGGAGGAGGUGGGUAGAGGGGAGGUGGAGAAGAGAGGAGCAAAGGUACUGCUGGAAGAGAGUGAGGGUCGUGCCUGCAGUGCUCUGAAGGUGGAUGAGACGAGGCAGGUGGAUGCGGCGGGGGUGGCAGAGCAGAAGCAGUUGAAUGCUGGCUGGAAAGAGCAGGACCGGGGCAACACAGCACAGCAGCAUCUCUUUGCACCUUCCCUCCCUGGUAGCGUCGCUCCAGCCCCCACUGCCUGCCCUCCUCACCAAGCCUCUGUCCCUACGCACACGGACCUGAAUGCCGUGCCGAUAUCAGGUUCGGAAUUAAGCUCGGGUGCAGGCUUGGAUACACGUUCGGGUGGAGGCGUGGAAGGGAAGGACGGAGAGGAUGGUGAGAGAAGUGGGCAGGUGGAGAAUGAGACCGGGGUGGAUGGGGAGAAGAGAGAGGGGGAGACGAGAGGGGUGGAGAAGAGAAUGGAGGAGACGAAGAGAGAGGAGGAGGAGAAGAGGGCGGAGGAAGAAAGGAGAGUGGCAGAGGGGCGGAAAGUGGUGCGGAGGCUGCAGGGGAGGAGAGAGGCAGGGAAGGACUUUUGGGAGAAGAUUGAUGAUGAGGUCGACUCUCUCCUUCUGCCCCACCUCUACCCACACAAGGCCCCUCCCCCUCUGCACUUCCACCCACCCUCUCAGCCUCCUUCCUCCAUGCCUCCUCCCCUCACGCCUCCUCUCAACUCCCUUCCUUCGCUUCCUCAUCCCUCUGCACCCAUCUCCAACCCCGCCCACCCCCGUGCACCCACCAUGCCUCAGUUGCUGCAUGUCCCCUCUCUCGGCAAGGGUGGGCAGAGUGGGGUGCGGUCAGAUGGGCAGAACGAGAAAGAGAAGGCAGGCGGUGGUGAGGCCAGCAACGGUGAUGAUGCUUUGCUGGGGGGGUAUGAAGCGUUUUUUCUGCCCCCGUUUCCCUGGCUGCCGAAGGCUGGUGCUCCUGGUAGACCUGUUCGGGCACGUGACCGAUCCCGGGCAGCGGAAAAGAUUAGUGGCAGCCUAGACAGUGAGAUUGUGCAGAGAGGAGAAUUGGAGGGCAGACUGGGAGGCAUUGAUAAGGAUGGGAAGGGCGGCAGUGGGAGCAUGCAUGGCAUUGGCGAGGAGAGUGUGGAGCGAGAGGUGGAGGAUGGGGAAGGGGGGGAGGGGGAUGGGGAGGAGGAGGAGGAGGAGGAGGAGGAGGAGGGGGAGGAGGAGGGGGAGGGAGAGGGAGAGGAGGAAGAAGAGGAGGGGGAGGCGGGCACGGAGGAAGUUGAGGGAGAGGGAGAGGGUGAUGAAGGUGAGGAGACGGAGGAUGAAGUGGAGGGAAGAGAGGCGGAGGGAGGAGAGGUGGAGGGGGAGGGCGACGGGGGCCACAGAGAAAAGGGGGUUGCGUUGGAAGGCAGUGUGGAGAUGAGAGGCCAAGGCGAGCGUGAAGCUGACGGGAUUAUGACAAAUGGUCUCCUCUCUGUGCCGCCCGCUUUCGCCACCCAUGCAGCAGCACCCAUCCAUGACCCUGGCACCACUGCUCCAGCAGCAGCCGCAGCAGGUGCAGCAGGCACUACACCCGUGUCUGCCCAUGUGCUGCACUCCCCCUUUACUGCCCCUCCCUUUGUUCCUCCCACCGCUGCUGCUGCUGCUGCUGCUGCUGCUGCUGCUGCUGCUGCUGCUGCUGCUGCUGCUGCUGCUGCUGCUGGAAGUGCUACCUCUGAUGCCGCUGCCUCCAUGUCACUACAGCUACCGCCGCCUGAGUUCAAGCCCAGGCGAACCUCCUCCCUCUCCUCCUCCUCCCCCCUCCUCCGCCCGCCUGCCCUCCUCCCUCCCUCCUCUCCCCUCCUCCGGGCUGCCUCUGCAGCAGCUGCAGCCACAGCAAGCAGCAGAGAGGCAGCAGCGGACGAGGGGCUGAGGAUGAAGAUCUCUCUGGUGGGCGCUGGGGAGGGCAAGGGGCUGGUGGGGGGUGAUGAGGGGAGGAGGAGGCCGCAUGGUGGGCUGCUGAUGGGCAGCAGAGGCAGCCUUUUCGGUUCCUCUGCUCUGGGCUCGGUAUCGGUGGGAGCAGUGGGAGGGGUAACAGGAGGGCCGCAUGCAGUGGGCGAGGCAGCAGCAGCAGCAGAGGCAGCAGGAGGAGGGGCAGCAGCAGCAGGAGCGGUGGAGGGCGAGGAGGAGGAGGAUGCAGUGGCUGCUCUGGCUGCCAUGGCUGCCGCUGCUACUGCUGCCCUACCAGGGGAUUGUUACAGUGAUUCGCCUCUUGCUCACACACACGGUGGUGCGACCACCACUCACACACAUGGGGAUGCGACCACCACUCACACACAUGGGGAUGCGAGCCCCACUCACACACAUGGGGAUGCGAGCACCACUCACACACAUGGGGAUGCGAGCACCACUCACACACACGGUGCACGAGACGAGUUCCCUGCCAAGGGGGUGCCCAGAGGAGCAAAGCACAGCACCUCUGCUGCAGAUUCCCCUGCUUCUCCCGCUCGUGCUGCUGCCACUGCAGCUGGCAGCAAGCGAGCAGGCGGCAAGGGCCGUUUGGCCGGGGCGGGGAAGGGGGAGGGCGAAGGGGCAGGGAAGGUGGGUGCUGCGAGUGCAGGAGGGAAAGCAGGUGGGGUUGCUGGAGAAGUAGCUCUAGGGGCAGCAGGGGUUGGGAGAAGUGCUGCAGGGGGCGGUGGUGCAGCAGUAGGCGGUGCUACCACAGGGGUUGGUGCUGCAGCUGGCGGCGCUGUGAAGGUGGGGAAGAAGAAGGGGAAAGGUCCGGGAUUUGUGGUGUCGAAACCGAGUGUGGCGGUGGGAGAAGGGGCAACUGCAGCGACUGCCGCCGCUGCUGCGAGUGGUGUUGGUGCUGCCUCAAGGGAAGAGCGGGCAGGCAUGUUGGGGCACUUGGCUGCUCUGCUGGACCAAGCCACUGUGGGAUCAGCAGAAGGAGGAGGUGGGCGUGCUGGUUGUGGGGGUGGUAGUGCUGCUGCUGCUGUUUCUGGGAGUGGGGUGAAGGUAGGCAAGCUUGCUAGUCAAGUGGAGAAGCGGGAGGGGAAGAAAGGGCUCAAGGAGCGGGGCAGGGAGCACAGCGUGCCAUUGCUAAAAUCAUCAGCAGCAAUGGCAGGGGCUGCUGGGGGUUCUGGGGUUCUCCAGAGAACCAAAGCUCCUCCUGCUACAGCCGCUACCACUUCGACGCCAUCCAGACUCGGUGUGAACACCAGCACCAGCGCCAGGGCCCCCCACACUGCUGCUGCGGAUCACACAGGCAAAAAACGAGCCAAGGCAGGCGGAGCACCAGCAGGGCUGUCUCCCCUCGCCCGCCCCCUCGCCUCACCUCUCUUGCCUCCCCUCGCCUCUCCCCUCGUGCCUCCUAUGGACCACGUGGAAGAGAGUACAGAGGGAGGGCUGGGAGAGGAAAAGAGUGGGGGAGGAGGGGAGGGUGCAAGGGGUGCGGGGAGGGAGGAGGUGGCAGGGGGUGUGAAGAAGGGCCGUGGGCGGCCGAAAGGCUCCAAGAAGAUUGGUGAUUCUGCAGCUGCUGCUGCACUGUUUCUCACAUCAGCAGGAAGCAGUGAAGGCGGAGGAGCAGGAGAGGGAGGAGGGUGGACAGGAGGGGCAGGAGGGACAGGUGGAGCAGGGGUGAGCGGGAAGGAAGAUACGGCUGCUCUGAUGCUCUUCUCCCUCGCCCAGCUGGCUGAUGACGCUGCCGAGGAGGGCGAAAGGGGGGAGGGAGUGGAGGAGGUGGAGGGGGUGGGAGGGGCUCAAGGAGGCGGAAAUGAGGCUAGUGGAGCAGAGGCAAGCAGUGAAGACGCUUGUAACGAGGAUGGAGAUGAGAUUUCUGCUGAAGCAGCAGGAGAGGGAGGCGGAGGAGGAAGUGGUUUGGGGAAUGCGAAUAAGAGAAAGCUAUACAGGGACGGAGGCAAGGGAAGAAAUAUGGAUGCAGGGAGAUUGCAAGAAAGGACGAUCGGUAGUGGAUUUGGUGAGGGGAAAGAGGACAAGAACGAAGAGGAAGAGGAGGUGAAAGAGGAGGAAGAGGAAAUAGAGGAGGAGGAAGAGGUGGAGGAGAGGGUGGUGGUGGCACCACGCAAACGCAGGCGCACCGCCACAGCCACUGAGGUGGCGGUGCUGCCAGGCGUGCGAAGAGAUGCCGUGCCCACUCUUCCUCGAAUUCGGAGGGAAGAGGAGAAGAACACAAAGCAGAAGGACCCAUCGUCCUCAUCCCUACCAGCAUCGCCAGCUCGCAGUGGAAGCUUCGAGGAUGCCAGUGGGGGAGGCGGUGCCGCCCUCUCCUCCUUCCCACUCCCUCUCCCCGCCACUCACAACUCAGAUCUUAUGCUUCUCUCCCCUGCUGCUGCUGCUGCUGCUGCUGCCAGCGGUCGUAAAAGGGUGGGUGCAGCAGCUAGGAGGGGGUAUGGCGAGCAGGGGGAGGAAGCAGGGGAGGAGGGGGGGCAGGGGGGAGCGGAGGAGGCUGAGGAUGAGGAGGAGGAGGACAAGCCGAGGAGGAGGCGAAGGCAGAAGCUGCACCUGCUGCCUGAGACACCCAUGGGCAAGGGAGCUGGGAGGAAGAAGGCACGCACUGGCAGGGGAGGGGCGGACGGGGGAAGAGGUCAGUAG